UGUUGGACACGUACCUAAAAUAUGCUCUCUGGAAACAUUCUGGGAGUCGCAAUUCUACUCUUUCACACUGCUUUCUACUGCACGGCGCAAAGCGGUCCCAAUUAUUUUGUUGCUGCUCCGAGCGUACUGCAGAUAGGCAUCAAACAGACGGUGGUUGUGUCGGUUUUCAAGGUAAACGCACCCAUCUCUGUUGGCAUUCGCGUUGAAGACGACAAGGGUCAGGUUCUCUACCAGGCAGCCAAUCAAAACGUGGAAGUGAACAAACCGGUUGGAUUUGAAGUUGAGGUCCCGUAUGAGAAAGUCCCCGCUCCAGAUCCUGUAAAGGGCGUCCGCUACGCAUACAUCCGAGCUGUUUCAGAAUCCGCUUCGCUUCCCUUCAACAAGCUGGUUCGUGUGGUUCUUUCAACUAAAUCGCUGUCGGUGUUUGUUCAAACGGACAAACCGGUUUACAAGAGAAACGAAGAUGUUCACAUUAGAGUUGUUGCUGUCAACUCAAGCCUUCUUCCCAGACACAGUUCAGAGGUUGUUGUGGACAUAAGGAACCCACAAGAUAUUAUUGUUGACAGGAUUCAAUUGAAAACAUCGUCUGGCACAGGUAUUACGAAACGCACACUGUAUCUUGGGCCUGGAGCUUUGCAAGGAAACUGGACUAUUAUAGCUAAAUAUGGUUAUAAGGCUGAGUCGAAGUCGGAGUAUCGAUUUGAAGUGAAGGAUUAUGUUUUGCCACGAUAUGAAGUCAAGAUCACACCUCCUAACUAUGUCAGAGUCCAGAGUUUACAGAAUUCUAUAUCUUUUCAUGUGACAGCAAGUUACACUUACGGGAAACCGGUUGUAGGACAGCUCGAAGUCAAACUUGGAGUUCUUAUUAAAGGAAACAAUACGAUUGCCGUCUUCAACUCGCUGCCUUUUUCUUUGGCACUUUCGGACAAUGGAGAAAAACACAUUAUUGUUCCCAAUGGAGGGUACAAAGUUUUUCCUUUGGGUGAGCAACUCUAUAUUUCAGCAGAAGUGAUAGACUCUAACAACGGAGUGAAACAACAAACGUUUGAUGUGUCCGCACAAUUCACAGACAAUCCCAUUAAAUUGGAUUGCGCCUUGAGUCCUCCAUAUUAUCGUCCCAACCUUCCGCUGCGGCUGGAGGUACGAGCCACGUAUGCGAAUGGAGCUGUGGUAUCUAACGUAUUAGUAGAAUACACCAAACCACAAGGAAACGGUCAGCAACCUACCCAAAAAACGACUAACAAGAAAGGCAUCGCCUCUUUUCAGCUCAAUGUUGGUGAAGGAAGUGGUGAUAAGGAAUUUCGGUUUCAGGUUAAGGAGCCGAUAGCCCAACAACUGGUCUCUGCUUGCACUUUUAAGCAGUUCCCCUCCAGUAGAGGAAGCUUCUUUGUGCGAUCAAAUUUUCGCAGUCCACCCAAAAUUGGCUCACAGGGAGACUUUGAAAUUAUCAGAGAUUCAAAGGAUAAUAGACACUUGACGUUUACAGUGCUAGUUACCUCGAGAGGAAUAAUCCAGCAGCAGAAAGCAGUGCCUUUGGGAGGAGGCUCGAUUGGGACGUUUCAAGUUUCGAUUACUUCAGAUCUCGCUGGCAAAUUCUGCGUCCUUGCCUAUUACGUAGAAGACAACAACGAAGUCGUGGCGGACGCAACGUGUGUGGAAAUAGAGAAAUCGUUUAAGAACGACAUUAAACUAUCAACAGUGAAUAACAAGAAGACCAUUCAGCCUUCCAAUUCUUUUGACUUGAAGGUAGCAGCUGCUCGACGCUCUGAUAUUGCAUUGCUCGCAGUGGAUAAGGGUCUCUACAUUCUAAACAAUGAGAACAAGUUGUCUAGAGAAGACGUAUUUGAUGACCUGAGUAGAUACGACAAAUCUUGUGGAUACACAUCAGUUGACAGCAAGGGUGUCUUUGAUGCGGUAGGUUUGACCAGUAUUAGUGCAACUACUUUGCAAUCCAUCGUCAGAGAAAGUGAAUUGUGCGUGUCACGUAGUAAGAGAGACGUGGAAAAAGCUAACAAUAAAUCAGACAUUUGGUGUGAGCUCGGUAAGAAAGUUCGUAGUAAAAGUGGAAAGGGAUACGUCGCUAUGUGCGAAGAAGAGUAUGGAAAGCUUGUUGGUGGCAGUAGUUCACUGGAGUUCCAAGGUUCCGUCUCCGAAGAAGACGCAAUUGCUUUCCGGAUGUGCUGCAAUCCCUAUUUGCCCAGUCGUGCUCGCUCUGCCUUCCCAGAUGAUUUUAGCGACGUGUUUAGCGAGGACCUGCUGAAUUUUAUUAGUACUCGUGAACACUUUCCUCACGUAUGGCUGUGGGACAAAAAAGUUUAUACGGGUGACAAUGACGUGACAGUACUUAAUCUCAAGGUUCCAGAUUCAUUAACAGAAUGGGUCAUUCAAGCUAUUGGUGUGUCAGACGAGCAUGGAUUUGGCGUUGCGGAACCAAUGUCUUUGAAAGUGUCUAAACCUAUUUUUAUUGAAUGUCACUUUCCGUUUGCUUUCACUCGUUUGGAGCAGACUUCUUUGUCGUGUACGAUUUACAACUACAACGAGAAUGAAAUCGAGGGCUGUGUUGCGAUAGUCAGGCCGCCUGAGUCGAUUUGCACUACUAGUGGCAGGGCUGUACAGACACUAUUUCAGUGCGUCAAUGUUCAAGGACAAAACACAGCAUUAGUCAAAUUUCCUAUUGUACCUCUCGAUGUUGGUCAAGAGAAACUCACAAUACUAUUGCGUACCGACCAUGGAGGAGAAUACGUCAUCCAUGACAUAAACAUUAAACCUGAUGGAGUUCUAAAAGAGGUCGACUUUAGUACAGAGCUGGAUCCUCAAGGCAUAAACAUUGCUGCUGGUCACGCUGCGAUAUCUCAAGUGCAAGGAUCAGUGAAGAGAUCGUGCUAUCAGUUGGUGAAUGAAGAGGGAGAGUGCGUGGAGCCUUUAGAGGGAAGUUUCACGAAAGAUGAGUGUUGUCGCGACCAAAUUCAGAGCUUCUCUGUUGCCUGGGGACCGGACUGUGAGAGAUGUCCGAACAGAGAAGAACGUUUUGAGCGUGGAGUUGCGGACGUAUUGCGAGGAAGACGUCAGACUACAACAUUUUAUACACGUUUUCCUGAAAGCUACGUAGCUGGAUCAGAACAAGCUUGGCUUACUGUAUCCGGUCGUUAUUUGACUGGCACUGUCGUCACUAUAGCUAGUAUUUCUGAUCUUCUUCGCCAACCCGGAGGUUGCGGGGAGCAGAGUCUCAUCGCGUUUGCUCCCAAUGUCGAAAUUGUCAAAUUUCUAAAAGCGACUAAUCCCGCUCUAACCCCUGAGAAAGAGAACACGUACAUUGGCCUACUGAGAAGAGGCUAUCAACACGUGCUUGAAUUUCGAAAGGCUGAUUCUGGAGGUUUUGCUGUUUGGCCGCACAAGAAUGCAUCGACUUGGCUGAGCGCCUUUGCAUUGAGAACAAUCUGCUCCGCACGCGGCCUCAUUGCCAUCGACGACAACGUCAUCAACGGUAUAAUGAACUUCCUGCUUUCUCAACAAGGACCCAACGGUGCCUUCAUUGAACACGAGUACAUCUACCACAGGGCAAUGCUGGGAGGUGUGCAGGGAGGAGAUACGUCACUGACUGCCUAUGUUGUUGUUAGCUUUCUUCAAUGCUGCAAUGCGUCUCUUACUUCACCGAAUAUAACGCAAGCUCUGUGCAAAGCCAAAGAUUUUUUUGUGCGUCAUAUGAAUGCGGGAUACGUGCGGAGGCCGUACACUCGAGCGAUUGUUUACUACGCGUUGGCCGAUAUCUGCAUAUCUUGCAAAGUCUGCAAUUGUGAUUCAACCAUUUUGCCAAGAAUUCAGAGAUUGCUGUACGAAAAUGUCAAUACAACGCAAGAUGGUGGCAAGUAUUGGAAUGUCAACACCUACUAUGGCAGGUCGUAUUGGUAUCGCUAUCGACCGUCAGCCAUUUCUGUGGAAACGAGUGCGUACGCACUCUGUGCGGCUAUGAGCUACGGCGAUAUCGGAAGUGCGAGACCUAUAGCCAAAUGGCUAAACCAGCAGAGAAACUCUAAAGGAGCGUUUGUCUCAACGCAGGAUACAGUUGUGGCACUCCAUUGCUUAGCAGAGUUUGCCAAACAAAUUCGUCUUGAACGUAAGAUAUCAGUUAACGUCACAGCGCUCCACAACACAAGUUUUUCUCACAAAUUUGAGAUUAACAACGACAACGCAGAUGUCAAUCAACGCAUUUCGGUUCCGCUCAACGACGUAAUCAAGCUGACAUCGACAGGAGACGGUCUUGGAAUCGCUCAACUACAUGUCGAGUACUACCAGCCAAACACAGACGGUGAUCAGUGUGCAUUCGAUUUUCCAGUUUCGGUGACUCCCAUUGACUCCGAUCAAGCCUCCAUACGGAUCCGCGCAUGCGCAAGGUAUUUGCGAAGCGGAUGUACGAGCAUGGCCAUCAUCGACGUCGAGCUGCCGAGUGGAUACGUAGCAUGCAAUGGUAGCGAAGCUGGACAAGCCGAUCAACUGUGUCUCUCUUCCGUCCUUCAAGCUGGCCGUGCAAUUGGACUAACGCAGUACGAAGUAUCCAAAAAGUCGGUUGUUUUCUAUCUCGACAAGAUUUGCGCCAAUCAACAAACGUGCGUGGAGUUCAAAGCUGAUCGCGUAUACAGUGUGUUUCACCCUCUUCCUGUUGCCGCGAGAGUGUACGACUACUAUGAACCUGAUGAGCAAUGCACUACUUUCUACAAAGUUGGAGAAGGAUCAUCUAAAAUGUCCGUCAUAUGUGGCACCACUUCUGGCAAUGAUAAACAGCCCUACUGCAUUUGUGGAGCAGGUAGAUGUCCUAAGCUUGAGCCCAUAUCAAACAGACUGUGCAAUGCCUGCAUACACCAUCACUACGUGUACAAGGUAAAGCCUAUUAAGCAGGAAGAAAAGGACGGUUGGAUCAGGAUCAGAGUCCGUGUCGAGGAGGUGAUUAAACCGGGAAGCAUCGACCUCAAAGGAAAAAGAACAAUCAAGCUGUGGCUCCCAGAAGUAUGCAGUGAGUCUGUUCGUUUAGUUAAUGGCAAGAGUUAUCACCUUCAAGGACGGGACGGACCCAAGUUUGUUCUCGAUCAUUCAUCUGUUAUUGAAGAAUGGCCGCUAAGCUACCAAGCCUGCCAAACGGGUGCAAAACGAACGUGCGCUGUCGAUAAAUGCAAGAAGACUCCGAAGAAAGGAGGAGCUAGGAAGAGAUGCGAGAACUCAAAGAGGUCGUCGAAAUCAUGCCAGAAACGAGCAAAGAAAGACUGCGCAGACAAUUUAGAGUUUCAGGAAUAUCUUCCGGAGAUAAAGGAAGGUGCUAUUUGUGAGCAGACUAAGAUCUGCAAAUAGGUCAGACGUCUUACACUUUAGUGUUUUGUUAACGUGUUGAACGUAAAAUAGAAGUUGGAGUAAGGAAAAGGCAGUUAUAUGUUACGUUAGAAAUUAAUUAGUAUGACUUAAUGUAUUGAGUCGUUGGUAUUGCUCAA